GUUGUUCCGCUGGUCCCGCUCCCGCUGAAGUCCGCGCCAAGUGUUCCUAAUUCUGGUAGUUUCUUCAAUAGUUAUGCCGCGGUACUGCGCUGCACAAGACUGCUCGAACAGCGUAUGUUACAGCUCCAGGCCUGUGCACAAGUUUCCGAGUGAGCCCACAUUGCGCAAGCUGUGGAUUCGCGCGGCCCGUCCUUCCCAACCAACAUGGAAGCCCGCCAAAGGCGAUUGUCUUUGCACGGAGCACUUCGAAGACAAGGACUACAAGACGAGCCCGAAGUUACUGCAAAGUCUGGGCCUGCCUGUAAAACAGGCCUAUUUGAAGCCUGGCGUGGUGCCAUCGCUCUUCACACGAAAACGCAAGCGAGAGCGGCAUAGCGGCGCCGUGGAAAAACGGCGACGCAAAGAGAUAAUUGCUGAAUUGAUGAAGGCACCGGCACAAGCAACGGCCACGUUCAUCGCUGAAGAGGUCAGCACAUCGUCAACCCCUUCUGCUGACGACACAGAGCAAGGUCCUGACCCUGGACAUGAACUAAUGCACGAUGCAAGCUCUGGCAUCGAAGAACCUUGUUCGAGCUCAGCCCCCUCCAUCAGUAAUGCCAAACAGGCUCAGCCUGACCUUCGGAAUGCUGCUACGCAGACCUCGGGCAUCUACAGAAAUCAAGGUAUGUAUCUGCAAAAAGAAAUUUCACAGAAGGCAGCAUUGUUCAGAUCAUUGUAA